UGCAUGUGUUACAUGUAGUUGCUUUUGGAUAAUUACCGACCGACCACGGGCAGACAUUUAAAAGAUUUAAACAGAAGUUCUGGUGGUUAUACCAACACGAUUGUCCAUACCAGGAUACGAAUACCUGCGUAGGUGUCAGUCAUGGGCAGAAAGUUGGAUCCCACCAAUAAGGUGAAGCGAGGACCUGGACGGAAGGCGAGGAAACAAAAAGGGGCGGAGACAGAACUGGCCAAGUUCCUACCAGAAGAUGAGGGGCCUAAGAAACUGUCCAGCAGAGCAAGGAAACGUGCUGCGAAGAGAGCAGUCACUGGCCAAGAAGCCAAAGCUGCCCCCAAGAAAGAACAGCCCAAGAAAGGAUUCUCUGAUGAGAACAGUGAGUGGUUGAAACCCGCUCAGCGGAAGCGUAAGGUCGACCAAUCAGAGGGCGAUGAGGACAGCGACAGCCAAUGGGAGGAAGAGGAAGACUAUGAAGUGGAAGAACAGGGACAGGGAAUUGAGGGAGAUGGAGAGGAGAUGGAGAAAGAGGCAGAUGAUGAUGAUGAUGACGAUGAAGAUAUGGUAGAUGACUACGGUGUGGCAGAUGACGGUGAGGAAGAGGAAGGAGGCAGUGACGAUGAUGAAGAGCUUCUGCCCAUCGAACGGGCUGCCAAAAAACAGAAAAAACGACAGGAAGCAAUGGAGCUAGAGCAUGAGGAAGAUGAUGAGGAUGAUGAUGAAGAUGAGGAAGAGGAUGAGGAGGACGAAGAGGCAGAGGAGGAGGAAGAGGAAGGAGAGAAGAGUGGUGAUGAAGAAGAAGACACAGUUCAGAUCAACAUGGAUGAGAUGGACAGGUUUAAACUGCCCGGAGCAGAGGAGAGAGAGAAAGAGGGACACUUACCCCUGGAUCUGAAGACCAUCCAUCAGAGGAUCAAGGACAACGUGGACGUGCUCUCUCACUUCAAAGAAAAGAGAGAAGAAGGGAAAGAGAGAUCGGAAUACCUCUCUCUGCUUAAAUCCGACCUCUGCACCUACUACAGCUACAAUGACUUCCUCAUGGACAAACUUAUGGACCUCUUCCCACUCUCAGAGUUGAUUGAUUUUCUGGAGGCCAAUGAAAUCCAGCGGCCCGUCACCAUUAGAACCAAUACGCUUAAAACAAGGAGGCGGGACUUGGCACAGGCUCUCAUUAACAGGGGUGUGAAUCUGGACCCACUGGGAAAAUGGUCUAAAGUGGGCUUGGUCAUCUUCGACUCCUCCGUUCCGAUUGGAGCGACACCUGAGUAUUUGGCAGGACACUAUAUGUUACAGGGAGCGUCUUCUCUGCUGCCUGUAAUGGCGCUCUCUCCCCAGGAGGGGGAGUCAGUGCUCGACAUGAGCGCUGCACCCGGAGGGAAAACCACAUACAUAGCUCAGCUGAUGAGGAACACGGGCGUGAUCGUGGCCAACGACGCCAGCGCAGACAGACUGAAGAGCGUGGUCGGGAACAUUCACCGUCUGGGAGUCACGAACACGGUCGUCAGCAACUAUGACGGACGACAGUUUCCCAAGGUGAUGGGAGGUUUUGACAGAGUGCUGCUGGAUGCUCCCUGUGCAGGAACAGGAGUCAUUUCCAAAGAUCCUGCAGUUAAAACUGGCAAGGACGAAUCUGACAUCCUUCGUUCCGCCCACCUGCAAAAGGAACUCAUCCUUUCUGCCAUAGACUCGGUCAACGCUGACUCCCAAACAGGCGGAUAUAUUGUCUACUGUACCUGCUCUAUCACGGUGGAGGAGAAUGAGUGGGUAGUGGAUUACGCUCUGAAAAAAAGGAAUGUCAAACUGGUGCCCACAGGAUUGGAUUUUGGCAAAGAGGGUUUUACCAGGUUUAAAGAGCGCCGGUUCCAUCCCACCCUCCGUCUCACUCGUCGGUUCUACCCUCACUCUCACAACAUGGACGGCUUCUUCGUCGCCAAACUCAAGAAAUUCUCCAACAAAAUCCCCACUGCACCCGCCGGCACGGAACAAGAAACGGAAACCACUGAAGCGGAGAGCGCCGCGGCACAGGGAGAAGAGAAAACGAAACCCGCGGCCGAAGAGACGAACGAAGCCCCUCCACAGAGCAAAGCUAACGCUAAAGCUAACGGCAGCGCAGAAAAACCCCUCAGCGGGAAGAAACCGGUCGGCCCGAGCAAAAAGGGCAAACCCGACCAGCCCGAAACGCCGCGGAAGGCCUCCAACGGCAAACCGGGCGGCCCCAGAAAACACAAAAUGGCCAAGGUAGACGGGGACGUCCCGAAAGACGGGGGACGGGCCAAGAAGCCGAAGGUGGAGAACGCGGCCGGGAAGGAGUCGGAGACGGAGAAGAAAGAGGGGAGCAGGUUCGAGAAGAAGACGAAUAAAAAGAAAAGGAGAAAUCCGAUGAAGAAAAACAACAGAAUGGGGAAGAACAAGUUUAAAAAAUUGAAGAAGAUGCUUCGCAAAAUGGACGCUGGAGAGAAGGUGGACACAUAAUAUUUUUAAGGUCUGUACGUACAGAUCUGGGAUCAGUCUGACUCUGUAUCUAUGUCACAGCGUUAUGGAGUAUGUUAUAGAGUAUGCCAAGUCACCAAGGGGACUAAAAGGAUUCGGUUUGUGGUCCUUCCCAGCAAAGGCGCGUUGUUUGUGGGAAAUUUGCGAAAUUUGCUCCCAAUAGACUGCCAUCUGCUGGAUAGUUCUAUGUACUGCAGCAGUCCCAGCAAGAACGCACCUCAACAUUUUGACAGUGACUUUCUGAUAAUGUUUUGUAUUUGUUUUGUUUGUG